AUUUCUGCCUUCUUCCUAAACCAAGAGGGCAGUUCGGCAGGGGGUCUUGAGGAGGACAAGGAGGUCGCCUCGCAGGCUGUCCUGUUCUUCAUCAACGGCUCGAGGAGAGGUGCAGUGCACCUAUGCUCGAGGAUAGCCGAGAUACUGCGCGAGAAUCAACGGUGAGACCCAAAAGAGGACCAUAGGCCUGUUGUAUCAAACAAAUUCCCACUGUCACAUGCUUGAUUCACACCAAUUUUCAGCUGCCCCCUCUCUGUGAAAGUUAACCAUUCACUGUUUCGGUUGAGUUUGUCUGACCUUUGCUUAACUCUGCUGUGUGUGUGUGCGCCUCAUCUCUUAUCUUACAGUCUGCACAGGACCGUAGAGGUCCAGAGAGUCCGAAUAGAGGAGCUGAUGUGCUCGCUGUCCACUGCUCCAGCUGCACCCGUGGGUCCCUCAGAUUCCAACAGAUCCCAGACCAGCUCCACCUCACUCCCAGACACCAGCCCCUCCUCUCCCCUCUCCUGCCUUCCCUCCAUCUCUCUCGCCUCCUCCUCCCCCUACCUCCCCUCUACCCCAGCCAGUGUCUCCCCCAGUGUGUCCUCCUUCUACAGCUCUGGGAGGGGCAGCCUGUGCUCUAGUGUCACACCCCCGUGCCUCCCCCCUCUGGUCCCCCUUCCCACCAUCACCCCUCAGAGUCAGAGGAGACAGGUAUGUAUGACACACACACACACACACACACACACAUUCUCUCUCUCUGUCACAAGUCAACACUCACGUAAACGUAUACACACAAACAACCCCUCUCUCUCUCUGUGUGUCAGACACCAGCUCUGCCCUGUGUGGAAGAGUAUGAGAGGGAGGAUCCAGGAGAAGAUGAGUGGAGAGGAAAGGAAGGCAGGAGAGGAGAAGGGAGGGGGAGAAAGAGAGGGGGAGGAAGGAGACAAGAAGAGAACAACAGUCUUAUUCUGCCCUGUGUGGAAGAGGCUCUGGGGUCACAACCCCUCCCCAUCAUGCCUCACUCCCCCCAGCGUGACCGCACAGCCAGAGAAAGAGGUGAGUCAAUCAUUUGACAUAAUGAAGCAGUGCUUUGAAUUGGAAUGUCUGUUUUAUUCAUGUAAUUGUGACAAAGGAGAAUGUGAAGCUACAGUCUGUCUUUGCUGUGUGCUCACCAUGUCAGGACAAUGUUUGUGUGUGUGUGUGUGUGUGUGUGUGUGUGUGUGUUUCAGUCAGGAGGAGAGAGAAGGGCAACCUGCCGUCUGAGCAGUGUGGACAGACUUCGGACCGAAAACACACGCUGAAGGUUGGACCUCAUUAUCAUACUUCACAAUGGACACAUGAGGAUGUCACAGCCUUUAUGAUGAGCUGUUAUUGUGGUUGUUGUUUGUUGUUUGUGAGCAGAAAAGAGAGAAAGUCCUAAGGAGAAGUGCCUCAUGUGGACCUCUGAGGGGAGAGAUGGGGGAGACGAAAGAGGAGGAGGAGGAGGAGGAGGAGGAGGAGGAGGAGGAGGAGGAGGAGGAGGAGGAGAGGUGUCUAGCCUCGUCCACAGUCCCAGCAGGAGGAGGAGGAGGAGGGGCUGGACCCCAGGGCAUUAACCACCACGUACACUUCUAUUCUGGCUUUAGUUUCUAUUCUGUUUAUUACCUGUUUAUUACUGUAUUAUACUGUAUUUGACUCAUUUCACAAUAAUUGUGAUUUAUAGAACUUGAUAACUGUGUAUGUGUGUUUGUGCAUGCAUGUGCAUAUUAGGAAGAAGCACCGUCUGUGUGUGAAUGACCGUGUAGUGCUGGAGAGAAGGAGGAGAGGAGAGGAGAGGAGAAGAGGAGCUGUGAGGUUUAUCGGACCACUGGAUAACACUGACGCUACAGACAUCUAUAUCGGAGUGGAAUUGGACACAGCCAGUGAGUUUGUGUGUGUGCGUGCGUGUGACCGUGUGUGGUUAUGAUGUGUGUGAAUGUCUGUCAUUCUCAUCACCAUGACAACCGUGACAGUAACACCAAAGAUACUGGUAAAUAAGGCCUGGAUUCAAUCAGAUCGAGCAUUAACCAGCAUUAACCAGCAUUGGCGUUGGAGGUCUAACUGUGGUAUGAGCUGACAUAUCGGUGAGCGGCUGCUCUUGUGUCACAAAUCACUACCUUUCUUAUUGUCCCUACUGCAUCAGUUCAAAACGGUGCUAGAAAGUGUAAUCUCUAUCCAUGUUAGAAAUAAUUAUGAGCAAAUGUAUGUUAGGCUAAUGCAUGUUUUCAUGCACCCUAGACCUACUGCAAUUUGCAUACCGCCCACAAUAGAUCCACGGAUGAUGUAAUAGCCAUUGCACUGUACACUGCCAUAUCCCAUUUGGACAAGAGGAAUACCUAUGUAAGAAUGCUGUUCAUUGACUAUAGCUCAGCCUUCAACAGCAUAGUACCCUCCAAGCUCAUCAUUAACCUCAGGGCCCUGGGUCUGAAACCCACCUGUGCAACAGGGUCCUGGACUUCCUGACGUGCCGACCCCAAGUGGUGAAGGUAGGAAACAACACCUCCAGUAUACAGAUCCUCAACACAGGGGCCCCCUCCUGUACCUUCUGUUCACCAAUGACUGUGUGGCUACACAGGCCUCCAACUCAAUCAUCAAGUUUGCAGACGACAGUGGUAGGCCUGAUUACCAACAACAACGAGAUGGCCUACAGAGAGGAGGUGAGGGCCCUGGCGGAGUGGUGCCAGGAAUAUAACCUCUCCCUCAACGUCAACAAAACAAAGGAGCUGAUUGUGGACUUCAGGAGACAGCAGAGGGAGCGCGCCCCCAUCCAUAUUGACGAGACCGCAGUGGAGAAGGUGAAAAGCUUCAAGUUCCUCGGCGUACACAUCACUGACAAUCUGAAAUGGUCCCUUCACACAGACAGUGUGGUGAAGGAGGCGCAAGGAGGCUGAAGAAAUUCGGCUUGGCCCCUAAGACCAUCACAAACUUUUACAGAUGCACCAUUGAGAGCAUCCUGUCGGGCUGUAUCACCGCCUGGUAAGGCAACUGCACCGUGCUGAACCGCAGGGCUCUCCAGAGGGUGGUUCGGUCUGCCCAAUGCAUCACCGGGGGGCACACUGCCUGCCCUCCAGGACAUCUACAGCACCCGGUGUCACAGGAAGGUCAAAAAGAUAAUCAAGGACCUGAGCCAUAGCCUGUUUGCCCCGCUACCACCCAGAAGGCGAGGUCAGUACAUGUGCAUCAAAGCUGGUACCAAGAGAUUGAAAAACAGCUUUUAUCUCAAGGCCAUCAUACUGUUAAAUCGUUAUCACUAGCCGGCCUCCACCCUGUACCCUGCCCUGAAGUUAGUCACUGUCACUAGCCGGCUUCCACCCGCUUACUCAACCCUGCACCUUAGAGAAUGCUACCCAGUAUACAUAGACAUGGAACACUGGUCACUUUAAUAAUGGAACACUGGUCACUUUAAUAAUGUUUACAAACUGUUUUACCCAUUUCAUAUGUACACUACCGUUCAAAAGUUUGGGGUCCAUGAAAACAUACAUGAAAUUAGUUUGAAUAGGAAGUAUAGCAAAAUUAAUAGGAAAUGUAGUCAUUGACAAGGUCAGAAAUAAUUAUUUUUAAUUGAAAUAAUAAUUGUGUCCUUCAAACUUUGCUUUUCGUCAAAGAAUCCUCCAUUUGCAGCAAUUACAGCCUUGCAGACCUUUGGCAUUCUAGUUGUCAAUUUGUUGAGGUAAUCUGAUGAGAUUUCACCCCAUGCUUCCUGAAGCACCUCCCGCAAGUUGGAUUGGCUUUAUGGGCAAGCUGCUCCCACAACAGCUCAAUAGGGUUGAGAUCCGGUGACUGUGCUGGCCACUCCAUUAUAGACAGAAUACCAGCUGACUGCUUCUUCCCUAAAUAGUUAUUGCAUAGUUUGGAGCUGUGCUUUGGGUCAUUGUCCUGUUGUAGGAGGAAAUUGGCUCCAAUGAAGCGCCGUCCACAGGGUAUGGCAUGGCGUUGCAAAAUGGAGUGAUAGCCUUCCUUCUUCAAGAUCCCUUUUACCCUAUACAAAACUCCCACUUUAUCACCACCAAAGCACCCCCAGACCAUCACAUUGCCCCCACCAUGCUUGACAGAUGGCAUCAAGCACUCCUACAGCAUCUUUUCAUUUGGUCUGCGUCUCACAAAUGUUCUUCUUUGUGAUCCGAACACCUCAAACUUCGAUUUGUCUGUCCAUAUAUUCCUCUGUCCAGUGUCUGUAUUCUUUUGCUUUUUCUAUGGCUUUUUCUUUGCAACUCUGCCUAGAAGGUCAACAUCCCGGAGUCGCUUCUUCACUGUUGACGUUGACUGGUGUUUUGCGGGUACUAUUUAAUGAAGCUGCCAGUUGAGGACCUGUGAGGCGUCUGUUUCUCAAACUAGACACGCUAAUGUAUUUGUCCUCUUGCUCAGUUGUGCACCGGGGCCUCCCACUCCUCUUUCUAUUCUGGUUAGAGCCAGUUUGCGCUGUUCUGUGAAGGGAGUAGUACACAGCGUUGUACGAGCUCUUCAGUUUCUUGGCAGUUUCUCGCAUGGAAUAGCCUUAAUUUCUCAGAACAAGAAUAGACUGACGAGUUUGAGAUGAAAGUUCUUUGUUUCUGGCCAUUUUGAGCCUGUAAUCAAACCCACAAUUGCUGAUGCUUCAGAUACUCAACUAGUCUCAAGAAGGUUUUAUUGGUUCUUUAAUCAGCACAACAGUUUUCAGCUGUGCGAACAUAAUUGCAAAAGGGUUUUCUAAUUAUCAAUUAGCCUUUUAAAAUGAUCAACUUGGAUUAGCAAACACAACGUGCCAUUGGAACACAGGACUGAUGGUUGCUGAUAAUGGGCCUCUGUACGCCUAUGUAGAUAUUCCAUUAAAAAUCAGCAGUUUCCAGCUACAAUAGCAUUUACAACAUUAACAAUGUCUACACUUUAUUUCUGAUCAAUUUGAUGUUAUUUUAAUGGACAAAAAAAAGUGCUUUUCUUUCGUAAAAAAUGACAUUUCUAAGUGACCCCAAACUUUUGAAUGGUAGUGUAUAUACUGUAUUCUAGUCAAGGCCAUCCUAUUCAACUAUUGCUGUACAUAUACUAUUCUAUCCAUGUAUUCUUCAAAUAUACUACAUAUUCUAUCCACAUACUGUCCGUAAUGUCUAUACACACACCACACACACACACACACAGUCAAAAGUUUGGACACACCUACUCAUUCAAGGGUUUUUCUUUAUUUUUUACAUUGUAGAAUAAUAGUGAAGAUAUCAAAACAAUGAAAUAACACAUAUGGAAUCAUAUAGUAACCAAAAAAGUGUUAAACAAAUCAAAAUAUAUUUAAUAUUUGAGAUUCUUCAAAGUAGCCACCCUUUGCCAUGAUGACAGCUUUGCACACUCUUGGCAUUCUCUCAACCAGCUUCACGAGGUAGUCACCUGGAAUGCAUUUCAAUUAACAGGUUGUGUUGCGACAAGGUAGGGGUGGUACACAGAAGAUAGGCCUAUUUGGUAAAAGACCAAGUCCAUAUUAUGGCAAGAAUAGCUCAAAUAAGCAAAGAGAAAUUACACUCCAUCAUUACUUUAAGACAUGAAGGUCAGUCAAUUUGGAAAAUGUCAACUUUCAGUUUCUUCAAGUGCAGUCGCAAAAACCAUCAAGUGCUAUGAUGAAACUGGCUCUCAUGAGGACCGCCACAAAAAACGAAGACCCAGAGUUAACUCUGCUGCAGAGGAUAAGUUCAUUAGAGUUUACUGCACCUCAGAUUGCAGCCCAAAUAAAUGCUUCACAGAGUUCAAGUAACAGACACAUCUCAACAUCAACUGUUUAGAGGAGACUGCGUGAAUCAGGCCUUCAUGGUAGAAUUGCUGCAAAGAAACCACUACUAAAGGACACCAAUAAGAAGAAGAGACUUGCUUGGGCCAAGAAACACGAGCAAUGGACAUUAGACCGGUGGAAAUCUGUCCUUUGAUCUGAUGAGUCCAAAUUUGAGAUUUUUGGUUCCAACCGCAGUUUCAUUGUGAGACGCAGAGUAGGUGAAAAGAUGAUCUCCGCAUGUGUGGUUCCCACCGUGAAGCAUGGAGGAGGAGGUGUGAUGGUGUGGUGGUUCUUUGCUGGUGACACUAUCAGUGAUUUAUUUAGAAUUCAAGACACACUUAACCAGCAUGGCUACCACAGCAUUCUUCAGUGAUACGCCAUCCCAUCUGGUUUGGGCUUAGUGGGACUAUCAUUUGUUUUUCAACAGGACAAUGACCCAACACACCUCCAGGCUGUGUAAGGGCUAUUUGACCAAAAAGGAGAGUGAUGGAGUGCUGCAUCAGAUGACCUGGCCUCCACAAUCACCCGACCUCAACCCAAUUGAGAUGAUUUGGGAUGAGUUGGACCGCAGAGUGAAGGAAAAGCAGCCAACAAGUGCUCUGCAUAUGUGGGAACUCCUUCAAGACUGUUGGAAAAGCAUUCCAGGUGAAGCUGGUUAAGAGAAUACCAAGCGUGUGCAUAGCUGUCAUCAAGGCAAAGGGUGGCUACUUUGAAGAAUCUCAAAUAUAAAAUGUAUUUUGAUUUGUUUAACACUUUUGUAGAAAUUAGUAGAAAAUAAAGAAAACCCCUUGAAUGAGUAGGUGUGUCCAAUCUUUUGACUGCUACUGUGAAUAUAUAUUAAUACAUACUCUGGACUCUGACAUUGCUCGUCGUAAUAUUUCUUAAUUACAUUUUUUACUUUUAGAUUUGUGUGUAUUGUUAGAUAUUACUGCACUGUUGGAGCUUGGAACACAAGCAAUUCGCUACACCCGCAAUAACAUCUGCUAAAUAUGUGCAUGUGACCAAUAACAUUUGAUUUGAUGUUCAUUUGGAUGGGGGGAUUUAUGGCUAUCAGUCAAAUUUGAGUGUUUGAACUUCUAACGUGGCUGUAUGGGAUUUGUCGGAUUAUAAUCUGUGGUUUUCGUGGCAUUCCAACGGCAGUGUCCGUGAUAAGGUACCGCAACGAGCUGCUUGUGGAUUUGACAGCUCUAACACAGUUCCACCUCCGACACCGCCAAAACAACGCUAUGUGGAUGUCAAUCUGAUUUAACCUAGCCCUAACCAAAUAUUUAUCAUCAGCGCCGUUUCCAAUGGGAGCAAAUGAAGCAUAGUGGGCAGAACAAGCAAGGAGGUGGGCAGAGCCAAGUAUGAGCGAGAUCCUAUUGGCGUAUUUUAGCAUGUAUUUGCAUAUUUCCAUUAGGGAACGCCUACUUUGAAGUGCGGGUGUGCAAUAACUAAAUUCACCCUUGCACUCCUAAACAGCACCAUUUUCAGAAACUUUGGCAAAGUCUACAAAACUUAGUGCACUCAGUUUGUAACAGAUUCUAGUUUUGGAAACAGAAAACUUUAUUGAGAUGGAAUGUUUCAUCGAUGAUAAAAUGUGCACGUCGGCCAAGUUUCAUCUAGCUCCAUCUCCUCCCACUUCCCGCCACUGGACUUCCUCUCAUCACAAUAUUUGGUGGUGAGUGGAGGUUGUAAACAUAUGCUUCAGAUGUAUACCCCUUGUGAUGUGUCUGGGUUUCCCCUUUUGUCUGGGGUAGCACCCAGGGCUGGCUCUAGCCUUUUGGGGGCCCUAAGCGAGAUUUGGUUUGCCCCCACCACCGCGCGGGCAAAACAUUUUAGUGGCGCUCCCCUCUUGACAGUGGAGAGAAAUGUACCUUUUAAAGUGAAUUAAUUCAUUUUGCCAUGGGGCUGAGGGAAAAAAGGUGCAUUUUUACAGCUAAUUUCCUGCAAUUCAACCCAUUUAGACAUGGGGUGGAGAGAUUAUAUUUUCUGUUUUAAAGCUAAUUUCCUGCAAUUCUACACAGUUUGCCAUGACUUAUGCCAUGUUAAUGAUACACUAUAUAUACAAAGGUAUGUGGACACACUUGGCUAUUUCAGCCACACCCAUUGCUGACAGGUGUAUAAAAUCGAGCACACAGCCAUCCAAUCUCCAUAGACAAACAUUGGCAGUAGAAUGGCCUUACUGAAGAGCUCAGUGACUUUCAACAUGGCACCGUCAUAAGAUGCCACCUUUCCAACAAGUCAGUUUGUCAAAUUUCUGCCCUGCUAGAGCUUCCCCGGUCAACUGUAAGUGCUGUUAUUGUGAAGUGGAAACGUCUAGGAGCAACAAUGUCUCAGCCAUGAAGUGGUAGGCCACAGAAGCUCACAGAACAGGACCGUCGAGGGAUGAAGCAUGUAAAAAUCGUCUGUUCUCGGUUGCAACACUCACUACCGAGUUCCGAACUGCCUUUGGAAGCAACGUCGGCACAAGAACUGUUCGUCGGGAGCUUCAUGAAAUGGGUUUCCAUGGCUGAGCAGCCGCAAACACGCCUAAAAUCACCAUGCGCAACGCCAAGUGUUGGCUGGAGCGGUGUAAAACUCGCCGCCAUUGGACUCUGGAGCAGUGGAAACUCGUUCUCUGGAGUGAUGAAUCACGCUUCACCAUCUGGCAGUCUGGCGGACAAAUCUGGGUUUGGCGGAUGCCAGGAGAACGCUACCUGCCCCAAUGCAUAGUGCCAACUGUAAAGUUUGGUGGAGGAGGAAUAAUGGUUUGGGCUAGGCCCCUUAGUUCCAGUGAAGGGAAAUCUUAACGCUACAGCAUACGACAUUCUAGACGAUUCUGUGCUUCCAACUUUGUGGCAACAGUUUGGGGAAGGCCCUUUCCUGUUUCAGCAUGACAAUGCCCCGUGCACAAAGCGAGGUCCAUACAGAAAUGGUUUGUCGAGAUUGGUGUGGAAGAACUUUACUGGCCUGCACAGAGCCCUGACCUCAACCCCAUUGAACACCUUUGGGAUGAAUUGGAAUGCCGACUGUGAGCCAGGCCUAAUCAGCAACAUCAGUGCCUGACCUCACUAAUGCUCUUGUGGCUGAAUGGAAGCAAGUCCCCACAGCAAUGUUCCAACAUGUAGUGGAAAACCUUGCCAGAAGAGUAGAGGCUGUUAUAGCAACAAAGGGGGGACCAACUCCAUAUUAAUGCCCAUGAUUUUUGAAUGAGAUGUUCGACGAGCAGGUAUCCACAUACUUUUGGUCAUGUAGUGUAUCUGAGUGAGAGUGACUAACAAAAUCAAUGGGGGCCCCUUGGAGUUCAGGGCCCCUGGGCACGUGCCCUGAGUUCCUGGUCUGUAUUCGGCCAUGAUUACUACAAGUUUAGAUAGCUGGCUAGACUAAUUUACCAACCUAAAGAUUGUUAGCUGACAGGGCUAGUUGAGUGACUUUCAGUGACUGACAUAAGAGAAAGAUUGCUGAUGCACAACCAAAUUUCGAACUUGCACCUUGUGUAUUCUACUAUUUUAACUCUCAACAGUACGUUGAGACCCGGACUGAGCGCCUCAUUUUUUAAAUAAUAAUUAUAUAUUUAUUUUGGGGGGUUGGGGGGCACCCUAGCGGCCAGGGGCCCUAAGCGACCACUUAUGUUGCUUAUUCCUGGAGCCGGCCCUGGUAAUACCUGUUCCUAUUAAUCUUUAGGUGGAGAAAAUGAAGGCAGUCUCCAUGGUAACAGGUACUUCAGGUGUGAGCCCAACCAUGGAACAUUCACCACCAUCACAGGGAUCAGAAAGGUGAGUGUUCACCACACACACAGGCACACAGUAUGUAGAAAUGCUUGUACUUAAUUAGUUGAUUAAUUAAUCAAUGACUAAACUACUAGCAGGCCUACAUUAACAGUAAAAGUGACAGUAAUAGUGAUAUUAUGCAGUAUCAUUUCUCCCCACCACAGCUCUCUCGGUCAUCCCACUCCUCCAAACCUCCAGAGGAGGAUGACUCUAGUGACUCUGGGCCGGGGAGCUCUGCAGUGGCAGUGGGGAGGAGCAGCAGGGGCGUUGGGAGUAGGAGCGGAAAAGGGCUCAGAAGGACCCGGAACCAGAUCGACAUUAGAGCACAGGUCCAUUCAGAGCCAGGAGGACCCAGAGACAAGACUAGAGUGGAGAACCCAAUCACACACACCCCUGGACUGGCC